AUGGAAUCAAGUGCCAGUAGCACUCUUUCGCCUCUUCCGUACUUGGCAUUGAGUUUCGAAGUAAUUAAUAUCGAUUUAAAGAACCAACCUCACUGGUACGUCGAAAAGAACCCGUUGAAAAAGGUGCCAUGCAUAGAAAGUAACGGUCUGAUCGUAUACGAAUCGCUAAUAGCAUCGGAAUGGAUCGAUGAAACUUAUGGCGGAAGGAAACUAUUGCCGGAGGAUCCAUAUCAAAAGGCGAAGCAAAAAAUGCUUACUGAACGCCUGACUGUUGUAAGACGAGACCCAGGCUGGGCGGACUACAUGGUGUGGCCGUGGGUGGAACGAAUGGAGGCCGUCGCGUCAUUGUCCCACGGUCGCAUCGAAAUCACCAGGGAAGAUUACCCUAAGCUACAUCAGUACGUUUUCCGGAUGCAAUCCACUCCUGAAGUCAAAGCUUUGGCGAUUAGCGGUGAUUUGCAUGCACAAUUUAUAGAAGGCUUCGUGAAAGGCAGUCCCCCGUUCGAUCUGUUACUCGACGACGGAUGUCGUUGA